UUUCUCUCUUUGGGGUGUCUUGUUGCCCAAGUUCUGAAAAAAAAAAAGCAAUCUGAUUAACACCGGAAGACGAACCCCCUCACACCUCAGUUCUCAAACUCACUGAUUUCCAUCGAUUUCAAUCCCAGAAGAGAGAGAAAAUCAACAGAUACAUUGUUGAAGAAGAAGAAGAGAGAUAAAAAAUGGCGAGGUACGAUCGAGCAAUUACAGUGUUUUCACCUGACGGUCAUCUCUUUCAAGUAGAAUACGCACUUGAAGCCGUGCGUAAAGGUAACGCCGCCGUCGGAGUUCGUGGCACCGACACCGUUGUUCUUGGUGUCGAGAAGAAAUCUGCUGCUAAGCUUCAAGAUUCCAGGUCAGUCAGAAAAAUUGUAAACCUUGACAACCAUGUUGCUCUAGCCUGUGCUGGACUCAAAGCAGAUGCCCGUGUUCUUAUAAACAGGGCACGUAUUGAGUGUCAAAGCCACAGGCUUACCUUGGAGGAUCCAGUUACAGUCGAGUAUAUAACUCGUUUUAUUGCCGGACUUCAACAGAAAUAUACACAAAGUGGAGGUGUUAGACCAUUUGGACUUUCAACUUUGAUUGUUGGAUUCGACCCAUACACUGAUGUGCCAGCACUGUACCAAACAGAUCCAUCUGGCACAUUUUCAGCUUGGAAGGCUAAUGCAACUGGAAGAAACUCUAAUUCACUAAGAGAGUUUCUAGAGAAGAAUUAUAAAGAAACUUCUGGGCAAGAAACUAUCAAGCUGGCUAUUCGCGCAUUACUUGAAGUGGUUGAAAGUGGAGGAAAGAACUUAGAAGUUGCUGUGAUGACUAAAGAAGGUCUGCGUCAGCUUGAGGAAUCUGAGAUUGAUGCCAUUGUUGCAGAGAUUGAAGCAGAGAAGGCAGCAGCUGAGGCUGCAAAGAAAGCUCCUGCUAGUUCAUCUUAACUUGCAGGCUUUUGUUCUAGGCUGUUCACUUAACGUCUUAAUGCUUUCCAAUUCCGGCUUUGUUUAGUCUAAACAUUGAAGUGUUGCAAAUCAGACUUGGAUUUCAUUUGUGUUGUUAGUAGACGUAUAAUAUAUGUGAUACCAUUGAAGUAGCUACUAAUCAAUGGGCGAUUGCUGAUUUUGCUUCAUUAUGAGAUUGGUAAAAGUAUGUUCUUGCU